AUGUCUGCCAUCCUUCGCAAAACCGUCCGUAUCAUCAAGCAUCUGCCACGUCGCUUUUCGCGUGCCCUUGGAAAGGAUGACCUGGACUCCCAGCGUGAGGAGGUGUUAUCCAAACUCUGGGUCACGUAUAAGGCAACAAGGGCGAUGGACCUCGAUCAGGUCUUAAUAGAUCCAGAGCAAUUAGCAAGACUCAGCAUCCUAACCUUACCUCUCGACCUCACUGGUGACACUGACGCCAAUCGUGUUGUCCCGCCUGCUCUGAAUCCGGCCAGUUACUUUGUCCCGCUCACCGACGACUACAUCCGAGAGCACCCCGUCGACCUUUCCGACUCGGUCACUGCUGAAUGGUUUAAUGAUAAGGCAAAGGCACUAGAUCCGGAAUUCAGAGGAUUCGGCAAUGAACCGAUGUCAUCUUACGAUGCUGCAGACCAACUUUCCAGAUGCCUCCGUAUCGAGAUGUCAAGCUCACGUUUAAAUUGCGAAGAGGAGACACAGAACCUCACCUGGCUAAAUAAGUGGAGAGUAACGGGCUGGUCCAACUUAGAACAGGUUUUUGAAGGGAAGGAGCUGAUCCCAGGCACCGAGAUCAUGUGGUACCUCGAAGCACUUUAUGUUUGCCGGGUUCGACCCUUGCCACCUCAUGUUAAAGCGAUCCUCAGCCACAGCGAUGUUGAUAACGCAGAGCGCAACUUGCUCAAAGCUGAACUGAAAGUUAUUGUGGCGCUCAUGUAUUCCCGGUGGUCCGUGGAAAGCGUGUUCGAUAUGAUUGUUCCGGUCCUCCUUGUCUCUUUUAUUGGACGCAAGGUACGGUGUCUGAUUGCCAUCCACGACGGAACUCAACUUCGAAUCUCGAAGUCCCCUCUCUACUCGGCAGCGGACGAUGAGGUCUGGCAACAUGUCGUCAGACAUUUGGGCGGGAGGAUAAAUGAGAAGCUACAAACACAGAGGGUGCCGUUAACCGGUGUAGUCGAGAAUCACAUUCAGAAUGCAAAGACCUGA